AUGGAUACGGCAGCCUUCUCUGUCACCCUUAUCACUAUUAUUGUUCUAUUGAUUGUUAUUAUUUCAUCUUUCAUCUAUGUAAUCCCAAUAAUUUUCGUGCGUCGUUUUCAUACAGGAGCUAAUGUUCUUCUUGUUGGUCUCAGUGUAAAUGGUAUUAUCUGUUCGAUCUUGUGGGUUGUAUGGAAUUCAAUUUCUAUUAUUAAUCCAACACUUUUGGUUAAAUCGAAAGAGAUCUGCAUUGCGAUGAACUAUUUGUCAACAUUAGUCAAUAGUUUAAUAAUUUAUUGUCUAGUAGUCAUAACGAUCAACCAGUUUUUCGCAGUUAUUUAUCCUAAAAAGAAAUUAUUUCAUACCGUAAAGUGUGCCAUCUUUUCAAUAACGGUCCAAUGGAUUGUUUCGAUUAUUGUAUCAAUACCUGACGUGGUUAUUUCAGUUCCAGUUUGUGUAAACGGUGUUGACGCACCUCGAUGGCUCUACAUCUAUAGAUUUGUCACUAUUCUCGUAUUUCCAUCGAUUCUAAAGAUCGUUCUCAAUGCUUCGAUAUUUUGUUUUGUUCGAUCAUCUACUCGACGAGUUAAGCCUAAAGAAAACGCGAAGGGAUUAUCGAAUGCUAGCCCCAAAUGGAAAAAAACACGAGAUACACAAUUACUCAAGCAUAUGAUUUUUCUCUAUGUGGUAUUCAUUUUUGGGUGGGGACCAAUUUAUCUCCUCCCAAUAGCUGCUUCGUUUACAACUGUAUCACCACUGGUCCUUGCGAUUUUUCAAUUAUUACCCGUGGUUAGUUCGUUUACUAUUGUAUUGGAUUUAUUCUACUACAAUCGCGAUCUCAUAAGAUAUUUUAAAGAACAAUGUUUAAAAUGCUUCUGA